AAUAAUAAUAAUAAUAAUAAUAAUAAUAAUAAUAAUAAUAAUAAUAAUAAUAAUAAUAAUAAUAAUAAUAAUAAUAAUAAUAAUAAUAAUAAUAAUAAUAAUAAUAAUAAUAAUAAUAAUAAUAAUAAUAAUAAUAAUAAUAAUAAUAAUAAUAAUAAUAAUAAUAAUAAUAAUAAUAAUAAUAAUAAUAAUAAUAAUAAUAAUAAUAAUAAUAAUAAUAAUAAUAAUAAUAAUAAUAAUAAUAAUAAUAAUAAUAAUAAUAAUAAUAAUAAUAAUAAUAAUAAUAAUAAUAAUAAUAAUAAUAAUAAUAAUAAUAAUAAUAAUAAUAAUAAUAAUAAUAAUAAUAAUAAUAAUAAUAAUAAUAAUAAUAAUAAUAAUAAUAAUAAUAAUAAUAAUAAUAAUAAUAAUAAUAAUAAUAAUAAUAAUAAUAAUAAUAAUAAUAAUAAUAAUAAUAAUAAUAAUAAUAAUAAUAAUAAUAAUAAUAAUAAUAAUAAUAAUAAUAAUAAUAAUAAUAAUAAUAAUAAUAAUAAUAAUAAUAAUAAUAAUAAUAAUAAUAAUAAUAAUAAUAAUAAUAAUAAUAAUAAUAAUAAUAAUAAUAAUAAUAAUAAUAAUAAUAAUAAUAAUAAUAAUAAUAAUAAUAAUAAUAAUAAUAAUAAUAAUAAUAAUAAUAAUAAUAAUAAUAAUAAUAAUAAUAAUAAUAAUAAUAAUAAUAAUAAUAAUAAUAAUAAUAAUAAUAAUAAUAAUAAUAAUAAUAAUAAUAAUAAUAAUAAUAAUAAUAAUAAUAAUAAUAAUAAUAAUAAUAAUAAUAAUAAUAAUAAUAAUAAUAAUAAUAAUAAUAAUAAUAAUAAUAAUAAUAAUAAUAAUAAUAAUAAUAAUAAUAAUAAUAAUAAUAAUAAUAAUAAUAAUAAUAAUAAUAAUAAUAAUAAUAAUAAUAAUAAUAAUAAUAAUAAUAAUAAUAAUAAUAAUAAUAAUAAUAAUAAUAAUAAUAAUAAUAAUAAUAAUAAUAAUAAUAAUAAUAAUAAUAAUAAUAAUAAUAAUAAUAAUAAUAAUAAUAAUAAUAAUAAUAAUAAUAAUAAUAAUAAUAAUAAUAAUAAUAAUAAUAAUAAUAAUAAUAAUAAUAAUAAUAAUAAUAAUAAUAAUAAUAAUAAUAAUAAUAAUAAUAAUAAUAAUAAUAAUAAUAAUAAUAAUAAUAAUAAUAAUAAUAAUAAUAAUAAUAAUAAUAAUAAUAAUAAUAAUAAUAAUAAUAAUAAUAAUAAUAAUAAUAAUAAUAAUAAUAAUAAUAAUAAUAAUAAUAAUAAUAAUAAUAAUAAUAAUAAUAAUAAUAAUAAUAAUAAUAAUAAUAAUAAUAAUAAUAAUAAUAAUAAUAAUAAUAAUAAUAAUAAUAAUAAUAAUAAUAAUAAUAAUAAUAAUAAUAAUAAUAAUAAUAAUAAUAAUAAUAAUAAUAAUAAUAAUAAUAAUAAUAAUAAUAAUAAUAAUAAUAAUAAUAAUAAUAAUAAUAAUAAUAAUAAUAAUAAUAAUAAUAAUAAUAAUAAUAAUAAUAAUAAUAAUAAUAAUAAUAAUAAUAAUAAUAAUAAUAAUAAUAAUAAUAAUUUCUCUUCAUUAGAACAAAUAGAAGAUAUAACCCCAUCCCUGCCUCUCCCUCCUGCCCUCGAGUUCACCUACGCAUUCCCCCUUGCUGCGUCCGGGACACUUCCUUUGAGCACUCUGCAUUAA